AUGGAGUAUGAUAUAGCAACUCAAGCAAAGCUGGACUAUGUAGUCCAUAGCAUGCCAGCAUUGAACCAACAGAUCAAGCCAUUUGAGCAAUGCCAAGAGUUGAUAGGAAGAGUAAGGGAACGGAGAAGAGAUGGGAGGAAGCGGGGGCUGUUCUCCAUCACUGCCGCUGCCCUGGAACACGCCGCCGACGCCUUUGUAGAGACAAGAGGGGGAUGUGCCACCGUGAUCCUUACCGCUGCUGUCGAGCAGACUCGUUCAAGAGGAGAGAGCACCGCGAGCCGGGGACGACGCGAGGAAGAAGAGGAGUCGUCGCAUUCUGCUGUUGCCAGCUCUGUCGCCUCCUAUGCCGCCGAGGGUCCCGUUCUUGUUAGACCCGUCACCAUCGCCAUCGUUGCUGGUGUGGUCAGAGCCACCGUCGCUGGAGAGAGAGGAAGCACGAAUCAGAGGAGGAAGCGAGAGAUACGACGCAACAGAGGAGGAAGGAGAAGACUUCUGUCACCGUCGCCACAUCUCUUCACCGCUACUGCCGUCGAUGGAAGUCAUCGCCAUCGUCAAGCCACUACAUCGCCGGACCUCAUUGCUGGAAGACCGAAUGGAGAGGCUCGCCAGUUCUGCUUCUGCUUCUGGGUUUUGAAACCUGAGAAAAUGCCACUGCCGCUACUGUUUGUUGGGCUCAAGAUCGUUGCUGCUGUUCUUGCUCUGUUCUGCCUCUGCUUCUAGUUUUGUACUUGCUAGUGCCUUUGCCGUCGGGAACCAAUGUUGGAGCUGCUCUUAAUGAUUCUGAUGCUGCUACGUAGGUUCCGAGCUGCUGUGUUGUUGCCAGAGGAAGAGAACUCAU